GCUCGGCCGCGGGGCCGCGCGGAGCGGAGCGGCGCGGAGCGGAGCGGCGCGGCGCGGCGCGGCGGGUCUCCGCGGAGCGGCUCGGGGAGCGCGGAGCAGCCGGUGGCCGCGGGCGGCGUGCGGGGCGCCGCCAAGCUCCGGUUCGCAAAGCGCCGCAGCGCGCCGGGUCUCGGCGGGGUGGAAAUCCAGAGAGGAAAAACAAGAAAGCGACGCCAAAAUGGAGCGAGAGUUAGCGGCUGGCGUGCAGCCUUCGACUCCGGGCGAUUUUUCCCCCCUCCUUCCUUCCCAAUUGCUUUUCCCUACAGUGAUUGUUUUAAGAGCGCGACUUGGAAGGGCUCUGCCGAGCGGUAGGGAAUUGGGGCACAUGAGGAAACUCGGAUUUAGCGUAACUGUACCAGCAGAUGUGGCCGCCUUGCCUCGAGCCAGCGGUACGCUAGCGGGGUUUCUGAUACGCCAGGGCUCGCUCCGGCAGCGUGGAGCGAUCAAGUGCAAAAAUAAGGUUUGCGUGGGUGGUUUUAAAGAGACACCUUGGGAGAACCGCUGCUUUCAACCCGUAGGUUGCGACUUCCUAUGCAAAGUCUGUAGUUUUCUUCCACACGCCAGGAUGUGCCUGGGAGGCCGAGGCCUGGUUCUCUUUGUUUUUAUUUGUUGUCAGGUUGUGUGUGCGUGCGCGUGUGUGGUUUUUCUUCCACUGAGCAGGGUUCAGCGUGUUGGGGUUUUUUUUCCCCCUCCUCUUGGCUUGAUUUAGAGUGGAGUUGAGGAGUCUGGGUCGUGGGUUUUGUAAGGGUGACUUUGUGCUGAGGACAUCUGGAGAAAUAAAACUGACUGACACCUCUGAUUUGAGCUUCACUGAACUGUUUUGGACCCAACUUGACAAUUUUGGUGGGGGUGAAUGGGUCAGGGCCGUAAAUCUUGCUCCGGGUUGUCGACACCCACACAAGCUCGCUCAGCCUUUCAAAGGGGCUAUCCCCGCUCCUGUGAAAAUUCAUUAAGGGAUAAAAGAUUUGACACCGCAGGUCCCCUCCCACCGCUGAAUGAAACUGCAGAGCCAAAAUGUGCGUGUGUGUCCCGGCGCUUUUCUCCUGACAGGUGAUGCUUUUUGCAGCCCGGAGGUGUCGGUGCCUGGCCGCCCGUUGCCUCCGGCAGGCUUUGGAUCAAGCCCCGCUGGAACAGCGGGGCGCUAGAAAGAGGGAUUUCUGCCUUUCCUUUCUUUCUUAAAUAAAGCAAACACAGCAGGUGAGGUCUUAUUUUUAGAGGGCCCGAGACGUUGGUGCGUUUCCAGCGUUGCGUGCUAGCACCGUGAGCGGCCCCCCCUCUCCCUGCUCGUGUCCUGGGACUGACCUCCCCGAGCCCGGGGACGGGGCUCGUCGGUGCUUUCACAGGCUUCCGCGUCUGCGGGGCGAAGCGGCGCUGGCUUCGACCCGGGGGUCGGGAAAGGUGGGGGGAUCGGGGCAGAAAUAUGCCUGGUGGUUGUAACCUGGCUCUGAAAGGGUUAAGUCUGCUCUGCCAAGACAUAAAGUAAGUUCAACGUGUUGUGGGAAUAUCACUUGCCAGUAAACUCCAGUCACCACAAUUUCUGAUUUAACAGCUUAACUUGCUGUUAACUUUUCCUGAUAUACUCCAGGUUUUGGACGUGAACGCAGAAAGGAGAGAGGAACAAUAAAGAAAGGAGUUAAGUGAGGCUACUAAAAUGGACUUAAAUCCCUUCCCUGGGUCUUGCCAGCUGUCUUUAGAAGAGUUAAGCAAGAUUGCAUUUCCUUUUUUUUCUGCCAUAAAUCAAAUGUUUCUGGGCUGCAUACCAAAAUUUGUGCAAUACGCGCUUGCUCCCCAGCGGGGUGAGUAAAUGGUACUGAAUACCCCAUUCACCUUUCCGAGCUUGAUUUUUCCACAGCUCCGGUCGCCCUCGGUGCAGGACCCAGGCGCAGGGCGCGCUCCCCGGCUGGCGGGAGCCGCGGCGAGGAGGCGCGAAGGCGCCUUGCUCCGCCUGGGAAAGGUGCCGAGGAUGCGCGCGGCGAGGCGGCUGCUGCUGCUGCUGCUGGCCUUCCUGGCCUCCGCCCUGGACGCCGCCGCCGCCUACGGCACCGCCGAGACCCUCUGCGGCGGCGAGCUCGUCGACACGCUGCAGUUCGUCUGCGGGGACCGGGGCUUCUACUUCAGUAGGCCCGUGGGGCGAAAUAACAGGAGGAUCAACCGCGGCAUCGUGGAGGAGUGCUGCUUUCGGAGCUGCGACCUGGCUCUCCUGGAAACCUACUGCGCCAAGUCCGUCAAGUCGGAGCGAGACCUCUCCGCCACGUCGCUCGUGGGGCUGCCGGCACUCAACAAGGACAGCUUCCAAAAGCCUUCGCACGCCAAGUACUCCAAGUACGACGUGUGGCAGAAGAAGAGCUCGCAGCGGCUGCAGCGCGAGGUGCCGGGCAUCCUGCGGGCCCGCCGGUACCGGUGGCAAGCGGAGGGGCUGCAAGCCUCCGAGGAAGCCAAGGCGCAUCGCCCCCUCGUCGCCCUGCCCAGCCAGAGGCCCCCGGCGCCGCGGGCGCCCGCGGGGCCGCCGGGCCGCCAGAAAUGAACUGCCGAGCGGCGUCUCCGUUUUGGGUCCGCCGGGGGCGGGCGGGAGGACUGGCGAGGUCUAGCCCCCGAGCCCCUCGGCCCCCCCGGGGGCUGCCCCCGAGCCGCGCGGCGGCCGGCCGGGCGCGGGAGCCCGGCGCGGCGCCGGCGGGACCGCGGCGCCCCGGGCCAGCGGCGCCGUCUCCGUGGCCUCGUCCUCGCGGGCGGUUUUGGGGGGCGGGAGGGGUGUUUCGUUUCUCAGACCUGUCCUCUUCCCCCGUGUACCCAGUGUUUCCGAGCCUGUGCUUCAAAGGGACAGUGUGGCACUUGACCUUUUCGGUUUUUUCCCUGUGGGGCACGGCAUGACAUCCCGGGUGCCAACAGCAGAAGACAAAAGAAAGAGCGAGAGGGGAAAAGGAUACGAAGUCAACAUUUUUUUUCGAGAAGAAGAGUCCAUUCCGUGUCUUUCUUGACAAUAAAGUGAAAAAAACGGGGAGAAAUCUUGAGGGAUAUAAAUCUUUUUGCCUCAUUCCCACCCCCACUUUUUUUUUUUUUUUUUUUUGGAUAACUUUUCUUAUUUUUAUAACUUUCUUUUGCACCUUUGAAAAAAACGUAACUGAGAAGAGAUUCCGAGGAGACCCAUCUGCAUUUUUUGUGUGUGCUUAAUUACAAGAUUCCAAAUCGACUUGCACCUUUUGAAAAUCAUCGAUGAAGUGAGAAAGAGAGAAAGAGGAGAGAGAGAGAGAGAGAGAGAGAGAGAAAGAGAGAGAGAGAGAAGAAAAAGGAAAGGGGAAAAAAAGAAAAAGUGAGCUGAUGCUCACUUUAAAUGGAGGAGGCGUCUGCAUUGCACAUUUGCCACGGAUUUAGUUGAUUUAUAUAUAUAAUAUAUUAUAUAACUUUUUUGGCAAAAAAAGCACUAUUUUUAUGGGACAUUUUGUGUAGUAUCUGAAGAGGGAUUGUAAUGUUUAAAAUGUGUUAUGGUGCUAAAGUAAGUUGGAAGGGAAAAAACCCAGAAAUAGCAAGGGAGGGUGGGGAGGGAAGGACAAGAUAGCGAAUACUGAACUUGAAAUUUUAGCUUUUCGUUUUAGGAAAAGUGUGAUAAAUGUGUUUCUUUUCUCUUCUGAAAUAUAGCUUGGUCAUGACCAUAUGAGCUAGUUGGCUGUCACUCAUGUACACAGAUGCACGCACACACAGAAAUACAUCUAUACGCAUCCUUUUUUUUAAGAAAAGAGAAAAACAAAACAAAAAAAAAUCUAGACUAAAAGGGAACUGCUCUGAAGACAAACCACGCUGGAGUCGCGCAGGUGUGCCCGCUCCGCCUCCGGGCCCCGCUCCGGCGGGGACCCCGCCGCGCUGGCUCCCGGGGCCGCCUCCUCCGGCCCCCGCUCCGGCUUCUCCCCGGCGCUGCCGGCUCGCUCGCGCGCCGAGCCCCGGCGGAGGCGGCCGCGCCACCACCCGCCGGCUCCUGCCCCUGCUCGGCCCCUCGCCGCGCGGGAGGGAGGCAAGGCGACGCCGCGGCUCGAGGCGCGGGCCGGAGAGGCGGGCAGCGGGCUGUAAAAUAGGUUGGUUUUAAAAUAAUAUAUAUUAUCUGUCUAGGAACCGUAAAAGGGGGGAAUCAAUUACAUCUCCCUAUGAUAUACUCUCACUUGCUAAUAAAAUGGGGACACUCUGUUAACCAGUUCUGUACUUGCUUUGUCUUAUAUAUCCAUACAUUUAAAACAUAAAAAAAAAAGACUACUUGAAUUGUAUUCUAUUUCGUGGUUUGGAGGGGAGGGCUAGGGGGAGUUUUGAGAGGGGGAGGAUUUUAAUGUAUAAUCCUUUUGUUUGUUAUUACCUUGCAAUGUUGAGCCAUGAAGCCUUUGUUUAAAAAAAUGGCACUGCAAUACACGACAAAGAAAAUCCUUUAUUUAUUUUAUUAAAUAUAUAUGGAAAAGAAUGAAAAUUGGUCCAAAUUAAAAGGGCGGCGGGGGAGGGAGGCGGGUGGGGUGGGGAAGGCAGAAUAAAAACAGAGCAAUUGCAAAUAAUUAACUUUUUUUUUUCCUUUUCAUGUGUCUUUUUUUAAAAGAAACCUAGUUUUUAUUUUUUAAAAAGAGAAGUAAAAGCUUUCCUGGAUGCUUUGUACCAAAAAAAGAAAAAUGAAAAAAAAAAAAGAAAAUCUGUUAAGCAAAUAAAUAUCCAUCCAGAAUACGAA